UACGAGUCUAAGAGUACACAUUCCACUAACUGAUUAGUGCCGGAAAUACCUAAGUCUGUAAUUUAAAAAGUUAGAGAGCCCAAAAUUAUGCCACUAAGAUAGAAUACGGCCUGUGUGACUACCAAGUUAUUUUGUGUUCGCUGACUCACGACGGCUGUUUUCUGUGAACGUGCAAACACUUGAAAGUUACCGCUCAAAGUUGUCACUACGAAAUAGAAAAAAUAUAUAAACACUUCUUAUCGGCGGCUACGAAAUGCAGAAACAACGAACAUGAGCGAGCCAUUAACAUUAUGACAUUUGGGCAUAAAUAAAUUCCGCAAGAUAGCCAAAAGUAGGGUAUUAAAAAUACGUUAUCUUUAAAUUUAUGUGUCUUGGAAAUUAAGAUGAAUGUCGAAUUAGUUGUAUUCAAAUGAUUCAUGUGGUGCCAAAUACCCCCGAUUAUAAGCCGACGGAUAGUGAUAGGGAUGGGUAUCUGUACAAAAUCGGACUAACUUUAAGUAAAUUUAAUGAAAUGUACUGACAUUUUGGUUGCUUAUUUUUUAAGCUAACAGAGUACAUAGUUUACAAAUCGAUAGAACAGGGCAUGGAAAACUACCUGCGUUCUUUGACCGAACCAUUUUACAAUGGUCUUGAACUUUGCGACCCAUCAUUAAGAUACCAUCAAGGGUGAAAAUGGUCGAGUGAUUGCCUUCUGCCAUCUCUAUUCUGAUAAAGGCGCCAUGUCAAUGGUGCUCUCGACUGCGAUAGAGGCCGUGAUAAGAAAGCACAGAUAAAAAAUAAAAAAAUAGAAAACCGUCUGCAGACCAAUUGGCUUGGCCUGAUAAGCGAGUUGGCUGAUUGGCAGGGACCCCAAACAGCUGUGAUUUAGUCAUAGCCGAACAUUCGCCGUGUCCACAUAACCACGUCGCAAUUGCUGCUCGUCGCGAAAACCAGAAAUCCAAAUAAUCAUAAAUAUUAAAUGCCAAGAAACGGCCAAGUGAAUUGUGCGCGAAAUGUUAACCUAUUUGCCGGUAGUGUGGCUCUUUUUUGCCCACCUGGUGCUCCGUGCUGCCACGGGCCAGAUCAUACCACUGCCCACCUUUUGUUUGGGCCUUAGUCCGCAGUGCACUUGUGCCGCCGAGGGGAAUGUGGUGCGGUUCCAUUGUCCGGAUGAGUACGCCAUGCUGCUGGAGGUUUCCGAGCCGGGCGCAUCGUUGUACAUGAGCUACUAUGCCUCCAGCGAAUUGCAGUGGCUGCCGCGCUUCAAUAUCAGUUCGCUGGUGAAGAUCGAGUUCGAUGCGUACAUCUUCUGGCCGGAGAAGUUCGUGAGCGAGUUGCUCGAGACCUUGGGUGUGCAGACAGUGAAGACGAUUAUUUUCCGCGAUCGAACUUUGGAAACGGUAGUCACACGCGACGUUCUGAACUCGGGCGACGGGUAUAUGGAAACUUCGCAGCCCGAAAACAUUACCACCUGGCACUUUGGUUCAGUUCCGGGCCUGAAGAAGUUCAAGUUCUACAGCCACCUGCCGGAGCUGCAGGAGUCCAUAUUCCACGGUUUCGACACCCUUCGGGAUCUGCAUCUCAGCGUGAACGUGACAACGUUGCCGGGAAAUAUGCUGUCCACGGUGAAUGGAACUCUGAAAACGCUGACCAUCGAGAGUCCGGGUAUAGUGUCAUUCGGGAAUCCACUGCUCCGCGAACUGCAGCAACUGCGCAACUUGAGUCUCGCCCUCAUACGUCCGUCUAAUGAGCGCGACAAGCAAUUGCAGUCGCACUUCUUCGGUUCCAUGACUAAUCUGGAGGAGGUGCGCCUGGCGUCCGCCACAAGUAGUGUGAAUCGCACCAUGUUCAAGGGCACCAACAAGUUGCAGCUGAUCAAGAUGAAUGGCAACGACGAUCUCAUGGAGCUUCCGGGUGAAAUUUUCCUGGACCAGGUCAAUCUUAAGACCCUGGAUCUAUCCUGCAAUGCGAUCGUCACUCUGCACGAGGAUGUCUUCAAAGGCCUGGGGAAUCUAACGCUGCUGGAUCUAUCCAAAAAUAGACUGACUAACUUGUCGAGCACCAUUUUCGCACCAUUGACCUCGCUGAACGUUUUGCGUCUGAACAAGAACUCGCUGACCGCGAUGUCGCCCAGCGUGUUCCAAGAUGUGGUCAGUCUGAACUACAUCGAGAUGGUGAACACACAGUUCUACGGGGCCACGCUACUGAUGAACUACGAGGCGGUGGUGUGCACCAAUGACGAGGCCUGCCAGUACAAGUCGGCGGAGUGGCAGUGCGAUCCCCGAUGCAUCUGCUGGGUGCAGCGGAGCAUCGGCAGUCUGAUCGUGGAUUGUCGAGGAACCAGCCUUGGGGAACUUCCGGAUUUGCCACGCACCACGCUGCUGAGCACGGUGCUCAAGGUGGGCAACAAUAGCCUCACCAGUCUGCCCGCCGUGAGCGAACACAGUGGUUAUGCCAAUGUGAGUGGACUCUUUCUGUCGGACAAUAACCUGACCACCCUUGGAAGCGGUGACCAGCUGCCCGAGAAUCUCACCCAUCUGGAUGUGCGAGGCAAUCAGAUUCAGUCACUCAGCGAGGAGUUCAUAUUGUUCCUGCAGGAGCCGAACAACACAAUGACCCUAUCGUUGUCGGGAAACCCCAUCUCCUGUGGCUGUGAAUCCUUGUCGCUUCUCUUCUUUGUGCGGACCAAUCCGCAGCGGGUGCGGGACAUCGCCGAUAUUGUGUGCACCAAGCAGAAAAAGGCUUUCCAGCAGAUGGAGGCCUUCGAGCUAUGUCCAUCGUAUGUCCUGCUCAUCAGCUGUGUGGUCGGUGGCCUGGUGAUCGUCAUUUGUCUGCUCACCGUGUUCUACCUGAUGUUCCAGCAGGAGCUGAAGAUCUGGAUGUACAACAACAAUCUGUGCCUGUGGUGGGUCUCCGAGGAGGAGCUGGACAAGGACAAGACCUACGACGCCUUCAUUUCGUACUCGCACAAGGACGAGGAGCUGAUCAGUAAGCUCUUGCCCAAGCUAGAGAGUGGUCCGCAUCCCUUCCGGCUGUGUCUGCACGAUCGGGACUGGCUGGUGGGCGACUGUAUUCCGGAGCAGAUCGUUCGCACCGUGGACGACUCGAAGCGGGUGAUCAUCGUGCUGUCGCAGCACUUCAUCGAUUCGGUGUGGGCCCGCAUGGAAUUCCGUAUUGCCUACCAGGCCACAUUACAGGACAAACGCAAGCGGAUCAUCAUCAUUCUCUACCGGGAACUGGAACACAUGAACGGCAUCGAUAGCGAACUGCGGGCCUAUCUCAAGCUGAACACCUACCUCAAGUGGGGUGAUCCGCUCUUCUGGAGCAAGUUGUGCUACGCGAUGCCGCACAAUCGCAGGGUUCUGAAGGGUCAAAAGAAGCAUGCGGGGCCGCUAAUCUGA